AUGAAGGUGCCCACGAAUUUCAAGGAGAUGUUUUUCUUCAAUGCCGCUGUCAUGGGGUUCGGCCAGAACAACCAAUGGAUGCAGCUAAUCUUGGACCAGUUCGAUGACAUCGUGGUUCAUGCUGCUGACUCAUACCGUCUGCAGGAGGAAUGCGACAUUCUGUCGCUGGUGCUAGCGCAGCACAAAGGCAGUAAGGUACGCCUGACCGACUUCAAAGCCAUCAUGUUGGCCUCUUUACGCUCCUUGCUUCCCAAGGACUGGGACUCCAACCACGAAGUCGCCUGGAACUGGCUCUGGGAGAACACGGAGAGGAUCCUGCGUGCUCAUGUAGGCAAGCCCGCAGUCCACCAGAAGGCCCUUGAACGUUUCGUACAGAGCCUCACUGAAGAUCAACUUCACCACCUGCGCGAGCAGCUUUUUGCGCGCUUCUUUGAAGAG